AGAAAUCUGGAGCGGAGCCUUCCUUUCUCGCCUUUUUAAUUUGGUAAGACAUGUAAAGUAUACGCAGGAGCAAACUACAACUCCCAAUCGGCCUUGCGUGCCAAGCAUGCGCACGACCUCCAGCUAGAGAGCGCGGCAAACCUUUGGUAGAUUGACGUCCUUUUAGUCGAACCAGGAGGUCGAUUUUACAGCGGCAAACCAAUCCCGUCCUCACAAGUCCCACCCCUUUAUUCUUAGCCAGCUGCUUCCCUGCGGGAGUGACGGGCCCGGCUGCCUUUGAGGGUUCAGUUUCUUUUGAUAGACAUUCAUUCCGAUGAAUCAGAUCGCUGGGAAGUCGAGAGGGUGUUGAAAAGCAUGCAUUGGGACCAAUAGUUUAUCUGCAAGGCCUGGCGCCGUCCAAUCACUUCUCCUGGCGCCGCCAAUCACCCGGGGCCCCGCCCCCAGCGCGUGACGUAAGUAGGGUGGGUAGCAACAGUUGCCCCGGUGAGGGAAACGGAGGCGCCAUAGCCACGGUAGUCGUGGCGACCAAGCAACCCGGCAACGCGAGUCAACAACAACAACCGCCCGGCAGACCCCCACCCCCACCCCCCCGGCCUGGCCCGGGGACCCCAGCACGUCCAGUCCCCUUCCCAACAUCGACUCCGAGACCUCCGAAAAGCCUUUCCGAGAGAGCAGUGGGGAGAAGCGGAGGAAUAAAAAAAAAAAAAAAAAAAAGCCUUAUUUAUUAUCAUUUUCCCCACCGUUGGCAUGGCAACACAGGCGUAUACUGAGCUACAGGCAGCCCCGCCACCAUCCCAGCCGCCACAGGCCCCGCCACAAGCCCAGCCUCAGCCGCCACCGCCACCACCCCCAGCGGCACCCCAGCCCCCACAGCCGCCCACCGCUGCUGCCACCCCUCAGCCCCAAUAUGUCACCGAGCUGCAGAGCCCCCAGCCCCAGGCACAGCCACCGGGCAGCCAGAAGCAGUACGUGACGGAGCUCCCGGCUGUACCCGCACCCUCACAGCCGACUGGUGCGCCCACCCCGUCGCCUGCACCCCAGCAGUACAUCGUGGUCACUGUCUCUGAAGGUGCCAUGCGGGCCAGCGAGACGGUGUCGGAGGCCAGCCCCGGCUCCACUGCCAGCCAGACCGGUGUUCCUACUCAGGUGGUUCAGCAGGUGCAGGGCACCCAGCAGCGGCUGCUGGUCCAGACGAGUGUGCAGGCCAAGCCAGGCCACGUGUCGCCCCUCCAGCUGACCAACAUCCAAGUGCCCCAGCAGGCUCUUCCCACGCAGCGUCUGGUGGUGCAGAGCGCAGCCCCAGGCAGCAAAGGUGGCCAGGUCUCCCUGACGGUCCACGGUACCCAGCAGGUGCACUCACCCCCAGAGCAGUCGCCGGUGCAGGCCAACAGCUCUUCCAGCAAGACGGCUGGGGCCCCCACGGGCACGGUGCCACAGCAGCUGCAGGUCCACGGCGUCCAGCAGAGUGUCCCCGUCACCCAAGAGAGGUCUGUGGUCCAGGCCACUCCACAAGCUCCCAAAGCCGGCCCGGUGCAGCCGCUGACCGUGCAGGGCCUCCAGCCAGUCCACGUGGCUCAAGAGGUGCAGCAGCUCCAGCAGGUGCCUGUCCCACACGUGUACUCCAGCCAGGUGCAGUAUGUGGAGGGCGGCGAUGCCAGCUAUACGGCCAGUGCCAUCCGUUCCAGCACCUACCCCUACCCCGAGACGCCGCUGUACACGCAGACGGCAAGCACCAGCUACUACGAGGCCGCGGGCACGGCCGCCCAGGUCAGCACCCCUGCCACCUCCCAGGCAGUGGCCAGCAGUGGCUCCAUGCCCAUGUAUGUGUCCGGCAGCCAGGUCGUCGCCAGCUCUACCAGCACUGGGGCUGGGGCCAGCAACAGCAGCGGAGGUGGUGGCAGUGGUGGCGGCGGCGGCAGCGGGGGAGGCGGUGGCGGGGGUGGCAGUGGCAGCACCGGAGGCGGCGGCAGCGGAGCAGGCACCUACGUGAUCCAAGGUGGCUACAUGCUGGGCAGUGCCAGCCAGUCUUACUCCCACACCACCCGUGCCUCGCCAGCCACGGUCCAGUGGCUCCUGGACAACUAUGAGACGGCUGAGGGCGUGAGUCUGCCACGGAGUACCCUCUACUGCCACUACCUGCUGCACUGCCAGGAGCAGAAGCUGGAGCCCGUCAACGCCGCCUCCUUCGGCAAGCUCAUCCGCUCCGUCUUCAUGGGCCUGCGAACCCGCCGUCUGGGCACCAGGGGCAACUCCAAGUACCACUACUACGGCCUGCGCAUCAAGGCCAGCUCACCCCUGUUGCGACUGAUGGAGGACCAGCAGCAUAUGGCCAUGCGGGGCCAGCCCUUCUCGCAGAAGCAGAGGCUCAAGCCCAUCCAGAAGAUGGAAGGCAUGACCAACGGCGUGGCGGUGGGGCAGCAGCCGAGCACGGGGCUGUCGGACAUCAGCGCCCAGGUGCAGCAGUACCAGCAGUUUCUGGAUGCCUCUCGGAGCCUCCCUGACUUCACAGAGCUCGACCUCCAGGGCAAGGUGCUGCCUGAGGGCGUCGGGCCCGGUGACAUCAAAGCCUUCCAGGUCCUGUACCGGGAACACUGUGAGGCCAUUGUCGACGUCAUGGUGAACCUGCAGUUCACCCUGGUGGAGACGCUGUGGAAGACCUUCUGGAGGUACAACCUCAGCCAGCCCAGCGAGGCGCCGCCGCUGGCCGUGCAUGAUGAGGCCGAGAAGCGACUGCCCAAAGCCAUCCUGGUGCUGCUCUCCAAGUUCGAGCCCGUGCUCCAAUGGACCAAGCACUGUGACAACGUGCUGUACCAGGGCCUGGUGGAAAUCCUCAUCCCCGACGUGCUGCGGCCCAUCCCCAGUGCCUUGACCCAAGCGAUCCGGAACUUUGCCAAGAGCUUGGAGAGCUGGCUCACCCACGCCAUGGUCAAUAUCCCCGAGGAGAUGCUGCGGGUGAAGGUGGCCGCGGCCGGCGCCUUCGCGCAGACACUGCGGCGCUACACGUCGCUCAACCACCUGGCGCAGGCGGCGCGCGCUGUGCUGCAGAACACCGCGCAGAUCAACCAGAUGCUGAGCGACCUCAACCGCGUGGACUUCGCCAACGUGCAGGAGCAGGCCUCGUGGGUGUGCCGUUGCGAGGACCGCGUGGUGCAGCGGCUGGAGCAGGACUUCAAGGUGACGUUGCAGCAGCAGAACUCGCUGGAGCAGUGGGCGGCCUGGCUGGACGGCGUGGUGAGCCAGGUGCUCAAGCCCUACCAGGGCAGCGCCGGCUUCCCCAAGGCCGCCAAACUCUUCCUUCUCAAGUGGUCCUUCUACAGCUCCAUGGUGAUCCGGGACCUGACCCUGCGCAGCGCCGCCAGCUUCGGCUCCUUCCACCUCAUCCGGCUGCUCUACGACGAGUACAUGUACUACCUGAUCGAGCACCGCGUAGCCCAGGCCAAGGGCGAGACCCCCAUCGCCGUCAUGGGCGAGUUCGCCAAUCUGGCCACCUCCCUGAACCCCCUGGACCCCGACAAAGACGAGGAGGAGGAAGAGGAGGAGGAGAGCGAGGACGAGCUGCCGCAGGACAUCUCACUGGCGGCUGGCGGCGAGUCACCCGCGCUGGGCCCAGAGACCCUGGAGCCGCCGGCCAAGCUGGCGCGGACUGACGCGCGCGGCCUCUUCGUGCAGGCACUGCCCUCCAGCUAAGCCCUUGGCCUCCCCGCCCCACCCGCCCCCGCCACCCCUUCACGGCAGGGUCCCUCACAGCUUCUGUGGCUUCGUGGUCACCGCUCCAGCCUCAGCCAGGGCAGGGAGGGGGCCUCCGAGACAGGGAAGGCCAGGGCCCUCCUACCCUAUGGGGCCGGUACAAUCAGUGGGCUGGGCGGAGCCGCAGCUGCAAACUCUGACACAAAAGACGUGCCUUAAGGAACCCGCCGCGUGCCCAGGUGCCCCGUGGGGCAUCCAGCUCGGCCCCUUGGCCGCCCCCCUCCCAGGCCGCAGCAUCUUCACCCCAGCCCCGUCCUCCCACCACCCCAGGGGGCAGGCAGGCAGGCCCCCUCCCGUGCGGAACUGUUAACUUAUUCAGCUCGCUGGCUUUGCACAGCCUGUCCUGGGCCCAGCCCUGAGCCCUGGGCCGGCGCAGGUGGGCGUCACCUGGGGACUCCCCACUGUCAGCAGCAGCCCCGGGACCCCCUACCCCCAGCAACCCCACUGCUUCCCCUUCUUGGUAUUAAGUGCAAUUAAAGCCGUGGGUGUCGCAUCUUCUCCGCUGGGCCCUCCCUUGCCCCCAAGCCCGAGAAGGGGGCACUGCCCGGCCCGGCUGUGGGGAGGGCGGCAGGGGGCACGGCCUCCAGCUUCCAAAGAGCAGCGGGCCGCGGGGCCGGGGAGUGCCCACAGACCCCAGCCCCCGCGCCCCCCCUCCGCCGCUGGUUUGUAAUGGAACCUUUUCUGUGCCCCUAUCUUCCCGGAGACUGUGCUUCUCCUCCGUGCCGUGCGACCCCCACCCCAUGACUAUUGUGCGAUUCGUGAGCGCCGCCCGAGCGGAGUUGGUAACUUGUUGGGUUUUUUUCCAACCAUCAUGGCCUUAUCUGUUCCAGUUUUCUCAGUGUUUUCAGCCUGUGAGAUAGAUGUUUAUGGCAAGAAAAAGAAAAAAAAAAUGGAAAUCUGACCUAUUGUAUAAAAAUCACUAUUUUGUGUGCUCCGCGUGCUACAGCUUUUGGGGCGGCCUGCCCAGUCCCCGUGCCCACGGGGCUCCCUCUCCCGGCGGUGAAAGUGUCCACACGUGUGGUAGUCUAGUGUGCCGAGCUGUUUUCUACCUUUUUGUAGUCUUUCUUAAAACAAUAAAUUCCGCUGUGAUAAUUUGCCUA